CUCUCAUGAAGUCAUUAGUAGGGAAGUGGCAUGGUAUUAAUAGGCUAUGCUAUCGAAUUGAGUGUCCCCUGUGGAGAAGAAGCAAGUUCAGGCUUCCAUAACGCGUCAUCGGCACCAUGCGAUUCCUCGUCUUACUCUUCCCUGCACAAGGCCACAUAAACCCAGCCUUCAAUCUCUCAAAGCGACUCAUAGGUUUUGGAGCAGAUGUAACUAUCUCCACCACCCUCAACAUGCACCGUCGCAUCACCAACAAACCCACCCUCCCUUCCCUCUCCUUUCUCCCCUUCUCCGACGGCUACGACGACGGUUUCACCGCCACCCAGCACGCCGAUUUCAUCCUCUUCGUCUCCCAACUCAAGCGCUUGGGCUCCGAGUUCGUCACCAAUCUCAUACUCUCUCAGGCGGAAGAGGGUCGCCCUUUCACUUGUUUACUCUACACUCCACUCUUUAACUGGGCCGCUGAGGUGGCGCGUGGAUUUCACCUCCCCACCGCGUUGCUGUGGCCUCAACCAGCUACAGUGCUUGACAUUUUCUACCAUUACUUUCAUGGAUACAGUGACUACAUCACUGACAAAAUAAAAGAGUCCUCGUCCUCGUGUUCCAUUGAACUACCAGGACUGCCAUCAUUGCUACCCCGUGACCUACCUUCAUUUUUAUUGGCUUCGGACCCAACUUUUGACCCUCUAUGGGUUUCACUGUUUGAAGGGAUGCUUAAUGAUCUUGACGGGGAAACAAACCCCACAAUACUUGUCAACACCUUUGAAGAAUUGGAACCUCAGGCCUUGAGGACCGUUGAUAAGUUCAACAUGAUCCCCAUCGGACCGUUGAUUCCUUCUGCUUUUUUGGAUGGGAAAGAUCCUUCUGAUACUUCGUUUGGUGGCAACAUCUUUCACCUCUCAAAUGGUUACUUGGAAUGGUUGGACUCAAAAGAAGAGAUGUCAGUGGUGUAUGUCUCGUUUGGAAGUUUUGCUGUGUUGCCUAAGAAGCAAAUGGAGGAAAUUGCACGUGCGUUGUUGGAUUGUGGACGUCCAUUUUUGUGGGUUAUUAGAGAGAAAGAAAGGUCACGAAUUAAAGUUAAAGAAGAAGAAGAGGAGGAGCUAAGCUGCAUAGAGGAAUUAAAAGAGAAGGGGAAGAUAGUGACAUGGUGUUCUCAAGUGGAGGUCUUGUCACAUCCUUCUUUGGGUUGUUUUGUGACACACUGUGGGUGGAAUUCGACCAUUGAAAGCAUGGUUUCUGGGGUUCCUGUGGUGGCGUUUCCUCAGUGGACGGAUCAGAAGACUAAUGCAAAACUAAUAGAAGACGUGUGGAAGAUAGGGGUGAGAGUGGAUAUUCAGGUGAAUGGGGAAGGGAUAGUGGAAAGCGGGGAAAUUAGCAAGUGUUUGGAAGUGGUUAUGGGAAGUGGAGAAAAAGGAGAGGAAUUGAGGGAGAAUGCAAAGAAAUGGAGAAGUUUGGCCAAGGAAGCUGUGAAAGGUGGUUCUUCGGAAAAAAAUCUAAGGGCUUUUCUGGAUGACGUUGAUCAGGAACAUAUCCAUGUGGCUGUAAAAUGAGUUUGAUCGUAUCUGAAUUUUCCUAUCCUCUGUCAUUUGUCGACUAGUGUCUGUUCCUGUCUCCCUACUUGGCCCUUCAUCCAUCAAGCCAUAGGACCCACUUUAUGCUAAUCAAAUUGUAUGAAUUUGGGGUCAAAGCGUAUCUUAAAAAUAAUAUUACUCGUCAUUAGACAUUAAUCUUACUUUACAAUGUUGCAACAAUUCAAGCUCUAGAAAUUUAGACUUUCGGUGGCUAACUUUGCAUUUCUUUUUUCUUUUCGUCUAUAUAUUAUAUUACUGCAGGGUGCCGAAGUUUAGUUGAAUUUUUAUUAGAAUUUUACAAGUUAAAAUGUAAUGUCUUAAUCUUGUGAGUUGCUAUUAAUAUUAGUUGAUAGAUAAGUGCACCGACUCCAUGAAUUAUUUGCGUGUCGACACAAUAAUGAUGUCUUAUUUGCCAUAGAUUCGUCCAGAGAAAAAAACAAAAUUUAUGUAUAACUUCUUAAGUAUAGUUAGUAUUGAUUUAGUUUUAAUUAGACUUUAACUACA